AAUAUUUUAUCAAUCAUAAAAUAUUAUAUAAUAUUUUUCGUAUAAAGUAAUCCUCCUUAAAUCUUUCCAAAUCUAAUACACAAAUCUAAAUAACAUUCUAUUGAGAAUUGUAAAUCAAAAAGUUUCCUAACAAUGGCUGCAAUGAGAGAAAGACGUACAAAUGCUGGCAAUAAAAUGGCAAAAUUAUUAAAUGAAGAGGAAGAAGAUGAUUUUUAUAAAACUACAUAUGGUGGUUUCGAAGAAGUGGAACAGGAUCAUGAUUAUAUGGAAGAAGAUGAAGCAGAAGAUGAAGUAGAUUCAGAUUUUAGUAUUGAUGAAAAUGAUGAGCCGGUUUCUGAUACGGAACAAGAAGGACCAAAAAAGAAGCGCAGAUUAGUAACAAAAGCUUAUAAAGAGCCUAAGCCUGCCACAUCACAUGCUCAAUCAUCAACUAGGGAAAGGAGAAUUAGGCAAGCAAAACAGGAUAAAACUUUUAUGGAUAGCAUAGAAAGAAAGUCAAUACGUCGAUCUACUGCUGCAAAAUCAGCAGCGACUCAAAAACGUUUGCGUGAAAGAAAUGAGGAUCAAAGACGAAAGACAAAAGUUAUAAGACAUGAUACAUGGAAACCGACGCAAGAAGAAUUACUAAAAGAAGCCUUGCAAACAGAAGAAAUUAAUAUGAAAUCAUUAGAAAAAUAUCAGAAAUUAGAAAAUGAAAAAAAGACAACCAGGACUGUAAGAAAAACGUAUGUUGGGCCAAUGAUUAGAUAUCAAUCAUUAUCAAUGCCAGUCAUGGUAUUAUCUGAAACAGAUGUAAAUGAAAAAAAUGAUAAAAUAAACGUCGAAUGUAAUGAUGAAGAACAAACAAAUCCAAUUUCUGACAACAAAGAUUCUGAUGACUCUCCAAAGGAAGGAAGAGUAACAGAACCAAAAGCAGAUGAAAAAAAUGAUAAAGACGUGUACAUAGAUAAAGAUGUAUUAUCAGUAGACACUGCUUUAUCUACUACUACUAAAAAGAAAGAUGUUCAUGCUGAAGAAACUGGAACAUUUUAUGAACGCACAUUUAUUACUUUUGAAAACGAGCAAUCGUUCCUAGAUGUAUUUAAAAAAUCAACACAACAAAGGCCACCGUUGAAACCUCUGUGUGCUAUUACACGAUUGCCUGCUAAAUAUUUGGAUCCAAUGACACAAUUACCAUAUAAAAAUGUGCAGACAUUUCGACUGCUUCGAGAAGCAUAUUAUCAACAGUUAGAAGCUCGAACUGACAUUAAUGACACUUCUCAAAGUCCAGAAUUAUUACGAUGGCUUGAGUCGCGACAAAAAACUCGUAGUAAUUUACAGAGAAACACUAUUCGCCUGGAGUCAGCAUCUUUACCCACAUCAUCAUAGCCUUUCCUAUUUAUAAUAUUCGCUUAUAUUCAUACGUUAUAUACGUUUGUUGUGUAUGUUAUAUAUAGAAAUAAUCUUUAUAUCACUUUUCAUAAUUUUUUGGAAACAUUCUGUACGCCGUAAUUAUAAGUAAU